AUAAACAAUUAAUAUUUUGGGCACAUGAGCAACCGUUUGUCUACCACUAGAGUGUCAACGAAUCUUCCGUAUGGCGUUGGCAACAUGACUCACUAGAGCCCAACUUGAAAGAAGGGCUGUUUAUAAAGGGGGGUUAAAGCAGUUCUUGAUUAUUGAAUUUCUUUUCCUCUGCUUUGUUUCUUGCUUUUUUGCGAUUUGAAGGAUAUAUGUUUUCUCUGCAAAUUCCUACUUUUGUUCACUUUCCACAAAGAUGGACGGUAUCAUGGUGGGCGCGGUAAAUGCUUGUAAAGGAGACGCCAAAGGCGGAGACGACUCGGUCGACAUGGUUCGCGACGUCUCCGCCAUCUGCAUUACCAAGCAAGUCGGAUGUGGUCAAUUGAGUCUUGGAUGGAAGAGUACGGAGGAGGAUGAAGGCUAUGGUUCGUGGGAGGACCAAUCGCCGAUCUGGGGUUUAAAGAGAAUUGAGCCAGUUACAUUUAACUUCACCCAGGACGAGUCUACCCCUGCCACGAUACCUAUCAGGCGACCUUCCUUUUGCGUUCGCUCCAACCAGGCUUCUCAACUAUUACCGGAACUGCUCACUAUCAUCCUCUCCAUAGUCAAAGAUGAAACGGACGAAUUGGCUCUCGAUCAUGCCGCGACGCCCAUAUGGCCUUUAUGCAACCGUCGAACAACUCGGCAGAAAACACUUGCAUCCUGCGCUCUAGUCAACCGAUACUGGAACGCCGUGACGACACCCGUACUAUACAGCUCGCCAGAUAUUCCGACUGAAUCCAUUCUUUACAAGUUUAUACGCACAUGCACGUAUCACAUUUACACUCCGCACAUGUCUCCUACAAUGCACACAAAGAGCUUAAACCUUCUCCGUCUCCGCCUUCAUGAACCGACACACACUCAAGUUCUGUUGACUCUGGCAAAAACAUGCUCAAACGUUCACACCUUGAAAGUCUGGUGCGAAAGGCUUGAUAUCAAGACGCUGACCAUCCUCUUGGAAUCAAGUCCUCGUGUCCGGACGCUCAUUCUUCAGGGCCACAUUGGCUCAUAUCCAGCCGAAGAUCCGCAGGCUCUUCAAGACAGCAUUCGGAAACUCCACACAAUCCACAUCGAUGUGGGCUUUGAUGGAGAUGCAGGGAGGACACGGUUGGCAGGUUUGGUUUCCAGAUGCUCAGGCCCGCAAACGAGUUACCUGCGUCUAUCGGGUGGAGAUACAGAGGAGCACAUUGCAAGUAUUCUCGAAACCAGUGGGCGAUCACUUAGAACAAUGUUAUAUCCUUGGUCAAACCUUUCACCUGCUUCCCUUCUGCACAUCGCCCAAAACGCCCCCAAUUUGCGCACAUUGGACUUGCGUGGUUGCCUUCACGCCGUCACAGCCUGUACCAUCCGCACCCUCCUUCAAAACAGUCCGCAUCUACACUCGCUAGACCUUUCUUUCACAUCCGGAGGCGAACCAGUCAUGGAAGUUUUAACUGCAUCGCAAAACCUGCAUACAUUGAUCCUAUCUGGUUACAAGCAAACGUCAGAACGAACACUCGCGAAUUUGUUGAUGCAUUUACCCAAACUCAAAACCCUCUCUCUUGCAUGGCUUGGAACUGCAGUAACGGACGAGGUUUUGGAGAUUUUGACCAAACGACAUGACGCGCGAUUAGAAAAACUGGAUCUCCGGGGUUGUCCCUGUGUUUCCGAGCAAGGGCUCACAGCUUUGGUGGAGGGGUGCACGGCCUUACGGGUUUUAAAGAUUGAAGCGCAUGCGAGGUGGGGUGAAGGAGGUGAGGAUGAUGUCGUGCACGACGAGCAUGACGGCUUCAUGAACGGAAGACGGAGACCUUCUGCAGAGUUUCUGCAGGAGCUUAGGGCUGGGUUUUCAAGUACAGAGUUAGUUAGGUUAGAAGUUGAAGAAGGGUUUUGAACCAAGGAAACCAGUGGUCUUCACUGUCGAUGAUUUCCGUGAAUUUUGUUGCUACAUGGGGUUGCUAAAUCUCUGGCAUGCGUUGUUCAACUUUUUGUAUAUACUGUUUUAGGUGAUUCAAAUAUAGAAAACCACGUAGGAUUAUCACCAGAUGUGCAUUGGGUAAUGUUGGGUAAUAUAAGG